AGUUUUAGUUGAAGAAAGAGACUUGCACCAGGAGGCAACUCUCGGAAUUCACAUCUGAAACCACACUCCUCAGUUUGCCUGAGACCUCCGGAGGGGAAACGCAAUGGUCGGAUAAAUUGCCCUCAUAUGUGAUCUCUGAGUUUUGUCUUUUAUACAAAUCUCCCCAAGUUCUGUUUUUUAAACAUUCCAUUCAUUCUUGCCACGAGUUUUUUUUUGCAAAGAAAACUCAACAAGUUUGACCCGCGCGAGUGAAAAUUAGAACAUCAACGUGUCUUCAAUCAACGUUAGUUUAAGAGAACAAACAUGGCAGUGUUUGGCUUAGUAUCCGCUGUUGCCGGAUUCGUAAAGGUCCGGUAUCUUAUUGAUAAGGCCAUAAUCGAUAAUAUGAUCUUCAGAUGCCACUAUAGGAUAACAAGUGCAAUCCUAUUUGUCUGCUGCAUCAUUGUGACAGCUAAUAAUUUAAUAGGUGAUCCAAUUUCCUGUAUUAACGACGGGGCCGUCCCAACUCAUGUGAUCAACACAUACUGCUGGAUCACGUACACUUUCUCCAUUCCCGGACAACAUGGGAGAGCAAUUGGGACAGAAGUUGCACAUUCGGGAUUGGGCAAUGACAAUGCUGAGAAAACUUUCCACAGCUACUACCAGUGGGUUCCCUUCAUGCUCUUCUUCCAGGGAAUUCUCUUCUACAUUCCUCACUGGUUCUGGAAGAACAUUGAAGAUGGCAAGAUUCGUAUGAUCUCCGAAGGAAUGCGCGGUUUCCUGAUAUCCAAUCCAGACGAAAGAAUUUCGCGACAGAGUCGCCUUGUGCAGUACAUGGUGGACAGUUUGAGUACACACAACACCUACGCCACUGGCUACUUCAUCUGCGAAAUUCUCAAUUUUAUCAACGUAGUGGGAAAUAUCUUCUUUGUGGACAAAUUCCUGGGAGGUGCUUUCCUCACCUACGGAACGGAUGUGGUCAAAUUCAGCAAUAUGAAUCAAGAAAGUCGCUACGAUCCUAUGGUGGAGGUUUUCCCGAGAGUAACCAAGUGUACAUUCCACAAAUACGGAUCUUCGGGAAGUAUUCAGAAGCACGAUGCCCUCUGUGUUCUUGCGCUCAACAUUCUCAAUGAGAAGAUCUACAUAUUCCUCUGGUUCUGGUUUAUCAUUCUAUCUGUACUAUCUGGACUGGCCAUCAUCUAUUCUGCUGUCAUCGUUAUGAUGCCAACUACACGUGAAUUUAUUCUAAAGCGUCGCCUUCGCUACAAUACAUCGCCGGAAAUUGAUUCUAUGAUUAGGAAAAUUGAGGUCGGAGAUUUCCUCCUUCUCCAUUUACUGGGACAAAAUAUAAAUGUGGCAUCAUUUGGGCACAUUCUGGAGUUACUCUGCCAUCAAAUUGGCGAGAGUCCCGAUGUGACUCCAUCCGCCCCAUCAACCCUCGAAAUGGCACCGCCUGCCCUCGAAAUGGAUCCAAUUAGUAAUCCAUUGUUGAAGAAUCUUCAAAUGGAAAAAGUCUGAUAGUGUGUCUGUGUGCGUGCGUGAAAAGUGCCAAGAAAGCGCGGAAAUUUUAUUGUGACGUAGAAAGGAUUCAGAUUUAAUCCUACAUUGAAGAGGAUUCUUAAAGCAUUUUUCCCCAAUUUUUUUUUAGGUAGAAUUUGUGCAAAAUUUUAGCAUUUAGAAAAACUCAUUUUAUCUCAUAACAAAGUGAUAUCUUUUAAAUUUCGUGAGAGUAUUUUAUUGAUAGAGAAAAAUCAUCAUUCCCUUUGAAAGCAUCUUAUAUAUUUUUUUUAUCCUCAAAUAAAUAAAAAAUAAAACGAUCAAUAUUUUAUCAACAUUUUCUAAAUGACGCCAUAUUUACUUUAGAAUUUUAUUUAAGGAUUUAUUUUAUUUUAAAAAUGUUUGUUUUAAGAUUUUUAAAACACUCAUCAAGGUGGAAUUAUCGUACAAGCAGUUUUUAUAGUUAUUUACUUAUUUACUCUCUGUCAUUUACUUAUCAAAUAUUUUCCCUCUCCGUUUUGUAUGCAUUUUUAUUUGUCGAUUCGAUAAAAAUCUCAUAUUUCACUUUUGCACAACAAUAUCGUAUUUAUCCAAGACUGCAGAGAUCAAUAAAAAAAAUUGCUGUGCAAUUGAAUGAAAAAGAAAACACUCGCGUAAAUAUUUUCUUUGUAAUGAAUUACUUGUUAAAUUGAUAAGGAAAAAAAACACAGAGUUUGGUUUGAAAAGAAGAAUUUAGAUAAGUAAUUCGAGUAGUUAGAAAAAAAAGCAAAAGUAUUUGCAAAAUCAGAAGGUAAUAUUUUCAUGAUUUAUUUGUAUUUUUAGGUAUAAUAAAUAUUUUAAUAAUAAACAAUAAGAUAAGUAAAAGUGCUAAGGAGCUGCCUGAAUAUUUUGUGAUUAAUAAAUAUUCGCAGAAUUUAUCAAAA